AUGAGUGCAGGUGCAGAAGUGAGUAGGGGACGCUGGGACCGCAAAAGCAUAAAGGUGCGGGCUUAUUUCCGCAGAAGCGGAGGAGCUGGUCUUGAGUGGGAUGCGCAGGUACCUCUUACAAGCCCAGGCACCAUUGAGUCGAGCUUAGACUCGAAAACUUCAAGGUGUGAAAAUGAUUUAAGUCCUCUUGUCGGCUUCUGCGAGCAUAAGUCUACACCUGCGAGUGCGCGCCUGCGGGUUCUUGUCCGCUUCAGCGGAAUCCUCACUCAGCUCGCCUUCCGCUUCUACGAUCCCUUCUCCGCAGGUGCGGCUCUGCUUCUGUGCCCCUUUUGUCGCACCUGCGGCCACUGGUUACCCAGAACAGGGCCGUAUCUGCGAGUUCACUUCCGUACGUGCGAGUCCGCACCUACGGCCACCCCAUCACAGACGGAAUAUGGUGAUAUAUACGAUUGUGUGAAUUUCUACCAACAACCUGCAUUUGACCAUCCAUUGUUGCAAAAUCACACAUUUCACCCUCAGAUGAAACCAACAUUGCCUAUAAUGAAAGAGUAUUCUGACGAAUCAAUAAAUGGUUGGCCUUUGGGAAGAUCAGAAGGAGACGGUUGUCCAAAAGGAACAGUUUCCAUAAGAAGAACUACUAAUGAUAACCUUAUCAGACAAAAACUUAUGCCACCCGUAGAGGAUGUCUCUUUCAGCACUUCGUUUUCCUAUGGAAACAACUUGAGUAAUAAAGUAACUUUCCUUCCAAAGGGUACAAGCAACAAGUUUGGAGGAGCUGGUAUGGUGACUGCUAUUUAUACUCCUCGUGUGAAAGGCCAGCAACAUAGUGCUUGUCAGUUGAAAAUACAAAAAGGAUCAGAAAAUAUACAAGUUGGAUGGAGAGUGGAUCCUACACUUUAUGGAGAUGGUCGAAGUAAGCUAUAUACAUAUUUUCAAGACCUUGUCAACGGGAACUGGUGGAAUUUGCUCACGCGAAAUCAAACACAAAUUGGUUUUUGGCCAAAACAGAUUUUUGAUGAAUUGAAUGAAUUUGCAUCAACGAUUGAUUGGGGCAGAGUAGUAUAUAGUCUACCUGGGAUACUUGAACCUCCAAUGGGCUCAAGCUUUUUUCCAAUAGGAGACACACGUUACGAUGCAUAUUGUAGGAAUAUUGGGACAAUAGAUGACAAUGGCCAAGAAACAGAAACUGGCAACUUAAUGCCUUACAUGACCAAUCCUGAUCUAUACAAGGUUGUCGAUGCUCCAAAUGAUGGAUCUAGUUUUAAGCAUUCAGUUUUUUAUGGGGGCUCUAGUGAAAGUACAGAGGUCUAA